AUGUGUCUUACCAUUGCAUGUGAGGCUGUUUGUUGUGCAGGUACAUAAAUUUGCAAUCUUGCUUGUUGUUGCUGUAAGUACUUUGCUGAAACAACUCUAAAAGAGUAAAUUAAAUUAGCUUACAUAAUCCUAAAUUAUUUAAUCAUGGCAUUUACUGUUAUUGCAUUGUACUACAUAUAGGAUUUUUAUAUAAAUUAUUUAAAGUACUUUGGAUGUCCAGAAGGAAUUUCAAAUUUAUGUUUGGGGAUAUCAGGAAUCUAUAGGAUGAGUUUUGUUCUUACUAUAUUUUAUAUAAUAAUACUAUUGUUUAUGUUUGAAAAAGGAGGGUUGGCUAAAAUGAUAAAUAAUGGAUUAUGGUUGUUGAAAUUCAUGUAAUGUUUUAUAAUAUAAAAUAGAUUCAUAGUAGUGUUUUUUUAUGGAACACUCUAUAUGUCAAACAAAUUCUUUGAAGUCUUUGUUGAUAUUAGUAUUGUAGCCUCUGGAAUAUAUUUACUAUUUUAAAUAAUAAUCUACAUUGAUAUUUUUUAUCUUUGGGCUGAGAAAUGGGCAAGAAUGUAUGAUGAGGGAAUAGAAGGUAUGGGAUCAGCUUUGAUAGCUGCAGCUUCAUUAACAUAUACAUUAGCAUUAAUUUUGAAUAUCUACAACUUUAUUUGGUUUGAUCAUAAUUACUUCAUAAACCUAAUAAAUAUUGCAAUAAUAAUAAUAUUAACAGUAGUGUAAUUAUUUGGAUUUAAUCCUUCAGGAUCUCUACUUGCAACAGGUUGUAUAUCUUGUUAUAUAACUUAUUAAACAUUUAGUGCAUUAUCAAGUUAUCCAAAUGCAGAUAUCAAUAUAUUUUAUGAUUCUGCAUAGAAUAUGAAAAUUUAAAUGUAUGUUAAUGGAAUUUUAAAUUUUAUUGCUUUAGUUUACAUUAUAUUUGCUACAUAAGAACAAAGCAAAUAAUCAUUAGUAUUUUUAGAUAAAUCAAGUGAGAAGAAUAGAUCAACUUAAAAUAAUUAAUAAAUUGAAAUUGAAAUGACUUCUACUUAAUAAAUGAAUUAAGCAAAAGCUUUAAUUGAAUAAAUUGAAUUACAACCUUAUUCAACUAAUCAAUAUAUUGUAUUUCAUAUUGUUAUGUCUUUUUGUUCAAUGUAUAUGGCUAUGAUGAUUACAAAUUGGGGGAGUCCAAAUAUUAGAGUUAACAAUUUUGAAAUUUAUAUGCCUAGUCAACUCAGUUAUAAUGUAAAGAUAGGAUCUAGUUGGAUUUGUUCUGGACUUUAUUUUUGGACUUUAAUUGCUCCAAAAAUUUUACCAAAUAGAUUUAAUUGA